AUUUAUAUACAUUUAACAUUAAAUUGUAUUUAACCCCGUUUCUAAUUAAAUCUAAAUAACCCUAAUUAGAGGGCAGUGCCCGAUUUGCAGCGUCUGCCGUAAACCGAGUCUCAGUUUCAUUUUGUUCCUUAACAGAGCCAAGUUCUUUCCAUAACGCAGAAUAUCCUCCAGGAACCAUGAGUAAGAUGAAUUUUUCUCAAUUAAGGAGAACCAGGUUUGAUGAACUUGUGAACCACUUCCGACAGUUUUAUUAUAAACCCUUGGAACAACAUACAAAGACAGCUAGCUCAGGUUUAAAACAGUUUAACUGGACGGAUCCAAAUAAUGGCAUUUAUCCAAUUAAUAGAUCGUUUCCUUUGCCUGGUAACACUGGACUCUCGGAAAGUUAUUUAAAGAAGUUUAAUAAUGCCGUAGCUGCCACUAUUACUACUACUACUCCAGCCCCCGUGACAAAUGCUUCAAGUGUCCCUCGAACAGUUAUAACGGAAUACAAGUAUCUGAAGGAAGACACUGGGCGUGCUGCGGGUUUCCAAGACAGCGACAUUUUAGAAUGUAUUGUUCAGUCAUGUCCGGAAACAUUGAAAAAAUCAUUUAGUACACUUUUCCAUGACCGGGACAUUAUGAAGGAUAAAUUCACCGUUAUUACAAUCAGCCAAAAGACAGAAAAUGAUAUGGCAACCUUUAACAUUAACGUCAAGAAGGAACGAGAGAGCCUCCAUCAAAGUUUCAUGGAAGGAGCCAAAAUAAUUUCCGAUUCUCUGAAGGAACUUGGCUUUUGGGCUGACUACCUCGAUACAUCAACUGGAAAACUUUUUGAAUCCCCGCAUCCACAUGAGGUCAUGUUGGAGACUGAUGAACGGUAUCGGUAUCUGGGAUUUGAUAUUGAAGACAUAAUCUGCUGUCAUGUGAUAUCCCAUCAUAAAUGGGGUACACAUGCAUACGUUGGGUGUCUCUUUACUAACCUCCCUCCUGAUCACCCAGUGUUAAAAGACAUGUGUCACAAGACAAUAACAGGCAAAACUCGCUCUUAAAACAAGUUUCUACUAACAGUUACAAACUUUGUGUUUUAUUAUUAUUAUUAUUAUUAUUAUUAUUAUUAUUAUUAUUAUGAAGGUGGCAGGUUGACAGAAUGGUCAGCAUGAUAGAUAAGAUGUUUAGUGACAUUUCAUCCGUCUUUACAUCCUGGGUUCAAAUACCACUGAGGUUGACUUUGCCUUUCAUCCUUUCAGGGUAAAUAAAAUAAAUAAGUACCAGUUGAGCACUGGGGGUCAAUGUAAUCAACUGCUCCCCCUUUUCAAAAAUGUCUGAUCUUGUGUCUCAAUUCAAAAACCAUAAUUAUUAAUUAUCUAAGCUAUGUUUUCUUAGCGAAAACCCAACAAAUCUAGCUUUGUUUGUGAAGCUACACAAAUAUUUUAAGGAAUGUAAUAUUUAAAAGAUAUAUUGUCUUUUAGUAUUUGUGUGUAAUAAAAUAAUUUAAAUUGAAUAAA